AUGGAAUCUUUACCCACUUCACAACUCGAGUCCAUACGCUUUAAACUCAAUCAAACAAUAGAGUCGAUCAGAACGCUUCAGUACUCGAUCCAUGCGGACAACCAACCCUAUAUGCUACCAUGGCCUGAACUGCUCUCCAAAUACAAUGUCAUCCUUACCCAAACACAUUCCUUAAUGCUAUCUGUAUCUCAGGCUGCUAUGACGAAUCCAGCCACUGGCCGAAAAAUGAAGAACCCACUGCCUUCACUUGCUGUGCACCCUUUUCAGCCUGUAUCUGAGGGCCAAAUGGACAACGCACUCAGUUCCCUCCUUCGUAUGAUGCGCCUUCCCGAAGUUUUAGAAUCAGAUGAAAAAACGGUGGCUGCGAUGGGUGGAUCAAAUCGCGUCGAACCGAAAACUGAUCAGCAGGUCAUUGCCAACAUGGACACGAUACGGAAAGAACACGACUACCGCGUGGAAAGAGCUAACAUGGCUGUCCGUAUGCUAGCGGAGAAGUACAACUGGAAGAGACGUGUC